GUACCUGUGCGCCAAGACGCCGACAUUGCCUGACUUGGACCGCUCGCGAUGGAGAAAACCAGCUGAAAUAUGAUUAGGAUACUAUUUUUCUGCUUUUCGACGAAGGGAAGAAGAAGCAGAGCUGAGCUGAGACAAAGCUUCUCCAACCAGGGUGCAUUUAUUUCAGGAAGAAAAUAACAACAGCAGCAGCUCCAAGGACAAACAGGUUUUUUCAGUGCAUCGCCAUCCCACCAUGUGCUAAUCUUCUCAGCAUUAACCAAAAGAUAGUGAAUAUUUUGAGCGGACGACCUCAUCAACAGUCACCUACACCAGCGUCUCUCAUGGCCCACCCUUACGAGCCUUGGUUACGGACAGCACCACCAAGUGGCAGCUCAGAAGACAUGAACAUCCCCUCCUGGUGGGACCUCCACAGGGACGUCCAACCAGGGAGCUGGAUUGACCUGCAGACGGGGCAGGGUGUUGGUUUGCCUCCAGUGAGUCCGGGGAGCUCCAUGGGCUUGCAGCACUCUUUAGGGCCGUACGGAUCCGACCCGCAGCUGUGCACCCUGCCUCCAGCUCAACUCACCCCAGCCUCGCACUCAUCCCAUCUCUUCCCCCAGGAUGGCUUCAAGAUGGAGCCGAUGGCACCUGAAAUGCUGCAGCAAGAACCGUUCUCCCUGGAGGAACCACAGGAGAGCACUGUCUCAGCCCGGCCUAAACCGCAGCGCCGUUCCUCUUCCAGAGGCGCCGGCCAGGCUGCAUGCCGCUGCCCCAACUGUGUCCAUGCCGAACAGCUGGGCCAGAGCACUGACGACAGCAGGAGGAAGCACAUGCACAACUGCCACAUCCCAGGCUGCGGCAAAGCCUACGCCAAGACCUCCCAUCUGAAGGCUCACCUGCGGUGGCACAGCGGGGACCGGCCGUUCGUCUGCAACUGGCUCUUCUGUGGCAAGAGGUUCACACGCUCUGAUGAACUGCAGCGCCACCUUCAGACGCACACUGGUGCUAAGAAGUUUAGCUGCGCGUUGUGCCCGAGAGUGUUUAUGCGCAAUGAUCACCUGGCCAAGCACAUGCGCACGCACGAGUCGCCGCCGGGACACGGGGAGGAGAGGGUGAAUGGAGACGGGAGGAUGGAUAAGGGCUUUGAUACAGCUACGCCCCCUCAGUCGUCCUCAAAUGUGUCUGCGUCCGACACCUCAGAGCCUCCGCUGAAGCUGAAAUGUGAGACAGACCCCUCAGUGUCCAGCGUCACAGGGCAGUCCGGCUAAAUUCAUCACUUUCAGAGGGGUUUUUUUGCAGUUAAAGGUUGACAUCGCUCUGUCAUAGAGGUGUUAUAGAGUUACGAUAGAAUAGAGAAUAGAAAAAAGGUUGGGAGAAACUUUUUCUUGUGAAAGUUGGAUGGAAGAGAAAGUGUUUGUCUGUGGUCCUGUGAAUUUAUCGACUGAGCUUACUCAGUGAUAAUCUAAAUGUUAUAGCACACAGAAAAAAAACAGGAAUUUUACUGAUUCUGUGGAAACCUUGCUCUGUAUACUAAAAACGUGGCUAAGGAGGCAACCGAGCUAAAGCCACAGCUUGUUGCCGGACUUCCAUUGCUGCUAGAGCCACGAGUAGACCACGAGCCUGGAACGAGACUAACUGAAGGUGGUUUGUUAACAUGUUUACAAUGAAAUUAAUCAAAUGUGUUACUGGAAGAUUUAGAGAAAAGUUUGUCUCUAACACAGUUUAAUAUUACCAGUUUCAAAGGCAGCAUGCUUUUGAACGGAGAAAAGGAGACAAUCUUGUUUUAACUACACUGUCUGUGUGUAGCCUACUGUGCAAGUUGUGAUAAGACACUGGAAUAUAAUACAGCCUUUUGUCUUUUUAAAAAGGUCAGAAAACAUUUUGGGUGGUGGACAGUACAUGCCGUUAAACUAACUGUGUGUGUGUGUGUGUGUGUGUGUGUGUGUGUGUGUGUGUGUGUGUGUGUGUAAUCGGUAUGUGAGUAAUUAAAAUGGAACAUGAAUUGAAAGAAAAACAUCAAUAACACUGUGCUGAGGCAGCAUGCUAUAAUGUUGAUAAUAAUAUUAUAUAACAUAAUAUAGUAUAAUGUCAUACAAAAAAAAGGGAAAUCCAUGCACUACAAAGGCACCAAAAAUGGUGCUCUUCUGUUGCCAACUUAGGUAUGUUGGCGAAACAUUUGCUGAUUAUUAUGCAGUAGGAGAAUGUGAACACUGGUUCAGGUUAUCAGAUGAAACACAACAACGCAAAGAAAAGUGUGACAAAGAUGUGAAAAAGGUCAAAAAGAAAACUAACUGAACCUUAAAAAAUGUAAAGAGGUGAGAGCCUCUGAGGAAGGAGAUGAAGCUGAGCUUAUGAUCACCAAAGAUGGACAUGGAGGGAAAAUGCUGCCAUAAAGUUACACACUUAUAACAGCCAAUCAAAUUUGGUAUAAGCAUGAUUUAACCAGUCCGCCCAGUAUCAACACUACAGGAUGCUGGUGCGUAGGUAGUACUGCAGGGGUACUCAAUAUUUCAAUAUUAAAGGGAUGGCUUGUAUAUUUUGAAGUGGGGUUGUAUGAGGUGCUUAUCCAUAGUCAUUGUGUUACGUACAUCAGUCUGCACAGCCCCGUUUGGAGAAAUGGCAGGAGUACCAUCAAAGCAGCUGAGCAGUGAGCUGCUGUGAAGCAGUCCGUAAAAACAUGUAUUUUAGCCACCUAAACAAAUCCCACCUAAAAAGAAAAAAUCAAUCUCAUAUUAAAUGCAGGGUAUAUAUUUUCACCGCUUUACCUUGUCAUCACACAGUGAUGGGGACGACGGUGAAUUGAUGUAAUAUCGCUCCAUUGAGAGACAAUGAAGCCAGACUCCAUUGAGAAAAACAGUGAUUUAACAUCACUGAACACAGGAGCUGCUGCUCUACUUCUGACUCAGUUAAGUAAUGAGUUUGUGUUUUAGUGUGACUUUGGCAUUUAAAAAUGUUAGUUCAGAAUAACGAAAGUCACACAAUAACACAAA